UUCAAUUAAUAAUUUUUCUGAACGGAUUGCUAAAUUUGCUUUUGCUUAUCAAAAAUAUUUUGUGAAUGUGAAUGUGCAGUGUGUCUGUUUAAUUUGUCCAUUUAUCCAAGGCCGUAAUAAGUUAUAUGAUAUCAAUGAAAUUAUCCAAUCGUUGAUUAUAUGGUCAUAGAACCAUGGAAGACGAAAUUGAGGAAUGUAUCAGGAAAAAGAUACAGUGGUCGGUAUUGCCUGCGACGGUAAAAAAGUUGUUGGGUGAUUCUCCAAAGGAAUAUGAGAGAUACAUAUUUGAAUUCAGUAUUAAAAAUCAACUGAGGUACAGAGGCAGUCUAGUGAGAACAGUCCGGAAAGAUGAGAAGAAAUAUUAUGAGACGCUUAUUCAGAACAGCAUACAGAGGCUCAUGCUCUACCCCUAUCACCUAGCUGACAUGAUUGUUAAAGGUUUAAGGAUAACUCCUUUCAUUUACUAUGUGGAGGUGGUGGCUCUACUCAUUGAGCUUGAGAAGAGCUACGAUACGAUGCCGAAUUUUACCGCAGCUGACUGUCUCAGGCUACUAGGUAUAGGUCGUAACGAGUACCUAGAACUUGUAGCGAAGUCCCGGUCGCUGGGUCGGCGCGGGCGGGCCAAGGCGAUCCGAGCGUUACUGCCGCGCGUCCCGCUCAACAUACCCAUGCAGCCGUGGUGGCGGGUCGAGCUCGGAUACGUACUGGAAGACGAUGUUAAGCCUCUGAGCGAUAGCGAGAGAGCGGUGAUUGACUUGCUAAUCGACCGCGGCUCGCAGACCGCCGGCACGCUAGACUACCAUGUCGUCAAGACUUUGUACAGACGCGGCCUAAUCUACCUGGACGUGCCAAUCACAGCCGCAGACAAGGUAUCGGUACCUCCCCUCAAAGGGUUCGUGAUGAACCGCAUCGCUGGCGACUACUUCGAGACACUCCUGUAUAAAGUGUUCGUAUCUAUAGACGAGCAUACCAGCGUGGCUGAUCUAGCUGCCGUGUUGCAGGUGGAGUGUGAGCUGGUGAAGCAGGCAGUGUCGCUGUACUGCCGGCUGGGCUUCGCCAACAACAUGCAGCCGCCGCCAGUGGCGCCGCAGCACCCCUCCUGGAGGGACGCCGUCACCACGCAUAACCAUCCGCCAUACCGACAAAUAUCUCCUCUGACUUUCGACCCUGCCAUGGAUGACGAUGCGUUACAAAUGGAACCGGUUAUCUUGAAGCAGACGCCAUCAACUUCUAAACAGAGCCCAGAAGAGAUGUCCGAAGCGGCAAGUAACGGCGGCCGGAGAGUCGCGGUGCUGUUCGACUCUACGUUAGCAGCUUAUCUUAUGAUGGGGAACCUGUCGCCGGAUUUAAAAAGUCAUGCGGUAACGUUAUUCGAAGUCGGCAAGCUGCCUGAUGAGAGUCUUGACAGUUUACUUAUGGAAUUAGAUAAGGUGGUCGCGGACCCCGAGAUCGAGGGCGAGGCGCGGCGCUACCUGGCGGCGGCGGCGUGCCUGCGCGUGGCGCUGCGCACGCUGCGGCCGCGCCUGCGCCCGCUCGACCUGCUGCGCUGCGAGGCGCUGCACGCGCUGGGCGCCGCCGCCCGGGCGCGCCUGCUGGCCACCAAGUACAAAUUGGCGAUAUCCACGGCCCCGCUGUGUCGCGAGGCCCGCGCGGGGCUGGCGGCGGGCUCGCUGCCGCACGUGGGCCCCGCGCCGCCCGAGGCCCACACACCCUGGAUGCGACUCUAUCUGUACCACGUAGCUGGAUACGGGCCGCCCACAUUGCUGCUUACCAAGGGCACCCAGCUGCGCUCGGUGCCGCGGCUGCUGCUGGGCUACUCGCGCGUGGCGGUGAGCUGGUGGGGCGCGGAGGCGGCGCUGGAGGCGGCGGGCGGCGCGGCGGGCGCGCUGGCGGCGGCGCCGGCGCUGGCGGCCGCCAACAGCGCCGCGCGCCGCGGGCCCGUGCUGCUGCAGGCCGCCGGCGUGCGCCGCCCCGCGCCGCUGCGACAUCUCAUGUUCCCGCCUGAGGCCGAUCCCUGUCCUGAAUCGCAAGCCAUGUGGACUCGACACGCGGGUCUCCGUCGCCUGCUGAAGCAGCUGCGGCUGUCUCGCUCGGUGGGCUACGUCACGCUGGCAGACAUCGGUGUGCCCGACCUGGGCUGUGCCAGGCCGCCCGCUACGGUGCAGCUAGUUCAAACUCGAAAGAAGAAAGAGAUAUGCGGCAUGGCGAAACCUAUCAGCGAAGUGUCGCUGUCAUCGACAGAGUCUGCAGAAAAAUACACAGAGGAGUACUCCAAGACGCUGACGAGGCUACAGUCGCCUAUCGAGUCUCACUUCGCCGUCACUCCGACCAUAGAGAGCAAGAACAGUUCUCCAGCUAACGGCUUCACGAGCGCCGAGUGCGGGCAACUACUGUGUGACGAACUCGACAAUCUAGCCUUAGACGACAUUAGCAAACACGCGCAGAGCAAGGAGUCCAUAGCCUGCAGCGACGACCUAGUCCCCAUACAUUCCUCUUCGACAAGCAUCGAAGACCUCAAAAGCGAUAACAAGAAACAUUCCAAAGAAAACUCCAGCAAAGAAUCGAUCGCGAUGUCCGAUGACUUAGUAGCAAUAAAUUCUAUGUCGGCGAGUAGUGAAAACUUGAGUAAAAAGGGCGAUAAGUCGGCCAACCCAUCGGUGAGCCAGUCGAUCAACCAGUUGAACGAUCUGUUGAGUCCUGCUGAGGAGUCGAUAUCGAUGUUCACUCAGUUGAGCGACAAGCUGACGGAGAUGUCGGCUGCGGAGGGCGACAGCGGCGUCGAUACCGCGCAUAAUGCUUCGGACGACGAGACCUGUAGGCCAGAGCGAUGGACGAUACUGGAUCUCCAAUUCGGUAUUCCACUGUUUGACGAGGCGUUAUGCGAGAAGACCUGCAAGUGUAUAGUGGAUCGGAUCGCUAAACCUGAAUUACUGGAGAAAGUGAAAGAGGACAAUGACUUUAUCAGAGCAGACAUAUUGAAGUUUGUUUCACAAUGUCAGUAUUAUCCUGGCGAAGACAUGGGCAUAGUCAAACGAGGUACCCUAGUACCGUUACCAAGGAAAAACCUGGCGUUUGAAAACGGUAGGAUCAGCGAGUGGACCGGCAAGUGAUGCGGUCUCGCUCGCACACGCCAUAUCUACUAUUAGUGCGAUAGAGACAAAUGUAUGUUUGUCGUUCCGGAUUUGAGCUUUACUAGACGUUAUGUAGAAUGUUGAUUUUUAAACGUGGUUUUGCCAGUGGGCAAAAAGAAAAUAAACCUGUUAUAAUUGUUGAUUUAUUCACAGAGUAUUAUUAAGUAAUUUAUUUCGCCGCGUUUGUCUUUCUGCACUAUAUAAACAAUAAUAUUCUAUCUUUUCAUAACUCCAGGCCAGAGUAUGUUUUAAAAAGUACAUGCCGUUAUGUCCACUGACAAUACUUCUGUAAACAGCUUCAAAUUCUGUUUUAAUAUAAAUAUUACAAUUAUGAUUUAUCAUAAAGUAGUGUUUACUGCAACACCUAAAUGUAAAAUAUUAAAUAUUUUGUAAAUAAAUAAAUUGCUUCAUAAUUUGUUACUUUUAGACGGUUCUGACUGGCAUUAUAUCUUCUUCUAAACUCUGAUAGAAAGCCACUUUAUUCGUGAGUGCCAUAGACUAUAAAAGAUUUUAUCACAUGGGUUUAGCUCAAAGCAUAGAUGAUUUGACAUUCUAAAACUACCCUCGCAUUAAAUUCUCAUCGGUUAUAAUAUAAAAAAUAACGUUAAAUUUACUCAUUUUACAGUAUGUCACGGAUAAACAUACUUUAUUAAUAUCAUAUUCCUUGCAUACUCAAAGACAACUUCAUUUUGAGCCACUUUUAAGUAUGAAACUUAACAUGACAUAGCCACGACUGCUAAGAACUAUAAAGAUACAGGUUUACCUAAGGUAUCGUCUUGUGGGAGAUAGACUUUCUAAUCAUUAGAGUAUGCGAAGGAUUAUUUAUUUAUUUGACUGUCCAAAUUGCAUUUCUCUAUUAGUAUAACCCUAUGUUGACAGACACAGUCAAAACGAAUAUGUCUGCCUAUUUAUAAAUUAUGUAAUUAUCCUUUCCAAGCUGUGUCUAAGCUUUUUAUUUGAUUACAAUAGGUAAAAUAACAUCAACUAUUUUUUUUACCUUAUAAAUGUAAUAUAGAAAUAAAUUAUAUAAAAAUAAAUAUAUAGAAAUGAAUUGUCGUUCUGACGUAACUGUUAAAAAUUACUAUUUUUAAAAACUUAUGUGCAACUUACUUUUUAUUUUAAAUUGUUUUGUUUUUUUUUUAUGCAAAUUGUCAGUAUUGUAUGUUAUUUGAUUAUUAAGGAUCAGAGAUUUAUUUAUUGUUACAUGUACUUAUAUACUUACUGGUUUAGGAAACUUCAAUUUUAAAAAUUGAGAUUUAAAUGUGUGUAAUAUUAUUUUCUAAUAAAAACUAAGGGACAACCUAUCCUUGUUUAGCUCUGAAGCUUACAAUCACGUUGGUGUGUUACAAUAGGGUAUUUGACAAAAAAACUGUUUUGUGUGUAAGACAGAUUUCCGAAAAAUCUUGAUUACGUAUUUUUUUUUUAUCUCGUAAUAUAAAGGAGAUCCAGUGAUUUAAAAUCUCGUGUGACGUCACUUACCAGUAGUUACCAGUAUGUACGUUUUUGUUUUUAGCUCCUACUCGCAUACAUUUCACAUCUGAACUGGUUUUAAUCCCCCUUUACUUUUGAGCGAUGUGAUUAAAUUCAAAAUAAUUAUUCAAUAUUUUUGGGAAAUCUGUCCAACGGACUACAUAGAUUUAUAUUUUGAGAUUUAGUCAAAUACCGUAAUGUGGGAGUGAGAUGCUAUUCUACUUCAUGUAAUGCGCUAUCUCACUUUAACAACACACCAUAUAAAACAGUUAUUUUCUAUGAACAGAGCCGAAUAAGUACAGUUAGUCUCCAGUAUUGUAUCGGAUAUAACGAAAAUGGUCUAAAGUUUGAACUUACUGCCAAUAAGUACCCAAGUACUAAUAUCUGGAAGUUUUGAUGGUAGGGGUUAUCGAAAUUUUUAUUCUACUUCCUAAGUACUUGUGCAUAAUCUGGGGUAUAUCUUCUCAGUGUUUUGUAAGUUAGCAACAAAAGUGGUUGAUUGCAGUCAGGUUUAAAAAAGAGCAUACAGUAUUGUUCAAUAAGCAUGUUUUGCGAUUAUGAUUAAAUUGUUGGUAUGAAUGAAUGUUAUCCACAAUGCUAUGGUAUCUGUAUAAACCAUAUUCUUACGUGUCAUUCCUCCUCAAUCCUAUUCUAUAUAAUCGUUACCCAUUUAAUCAUCAGAAUCAUAAAAAAAGUAUUGUGUUUUGCAAAUUCAUAUAAUUAUACACUUAUGUUGCUAACUGUACAGUUUGUAUGUUGUAUAAACCAUUAUUCAUGUUACCAUUAUCUAUGAUACAUAAAUAGUAUAUUAUGUUAUGAGUUGAAAUUAUUAUUUUUAUAUGAAUAAAAUGGCAACGUGACGUCGUACCACCAUUGACAAAAUGGCCAUAUAUUUUGCUACUAGUACGCCCGGGUUUCAAACAUUACUUGGCAAAUGCUUUACCUUUGAUCGUUUCUAACGUAGUAAAGAGGGUUGUCGUUGUUGAAGCUAGAUGGCGCUCUACGUGGUGUGAACCGCUGUCUCACUCCCACAACUCCAACAACCUUAUUUUAGGAGGUUAUGGUCAACGCCUGGUAAUAAUAAUAUUUAUUGCCAUUAAUAAUUUGUACAUUUUUGUGUGAAGUCUUUGACUCCUGUGCUAGGUGAUACCUGUUUUACAGAAGUCAGUUGGAUAUAAAAAGAUAAUACUUAGGUACAGCAUUUGCCAAGUUUAGUUUAUGUAUCUCGGCCUCUGUGUCCGUCCCUUUUGCCUCACACGAGAUGAAUCCGUCAAUUAGAAGAAGAACAGAGAAGACAUUUUGGUUCUUUGCUAUUUUGUUUAAAUGAUUAUCGUCAAAUGUGGUUUCACAUUAAUAAAAGCCUCGCGCUUGUUUCAUCACGAAUUAAUCAACAUCAAUUUGUUUAAUAGCUAACUUCUGUUUUUAUUAAUAUAAGAUACAAAUAAAGUAUUUGUAAAUAA